AUGACAUCCUUCUACAUCCAACCAAAUAGACGUUUAUUAACACGAUCAAAAGAAAUAUCGUCGACAUUUAUGCAAUCUAGACGAUUUCACUGGAAACAAACAUCACAUGAUAAGCGUCAUAUGACACCCGAUCAUAUUCUGUCGUAUACACAGUACACAAUGGAUAAUGGUCGUGAUGAUGUUUAUAGUCAAGAAGCAUGUCGUUUAACACCAACAGUUUGUGGGCACGAUUAUCAGUGUUGUUCAGGAAAAUGUCGAUGUAUUAAAUGGUCUAUAGUUGGUACAAUGUCAUGCUUGAAAAAAUGCUUUUAA